AUGCCGGGCGGUCCGUCGCAAGAGUCAAGCCUGAAGGGUCUCAAGCGCAUCAACACAGGUAUCUCGGAACAUAGCCACCAUGGGCCUAAGAGCAGCGGUGCGGGCAGUGGUCGGUUGUCACUGCAUAUCCCCAAUGCUUACCCUCGGGCGCUAUCGCCUCGUUCGCCGACGUCAAAGAACGGCACUCCAGAAUCAUCCAGACCUGCAUCGCCGAGGGCCGAUGAAGGGAGGACGCGGACGAUUCGACAAGACAGCUCGCUCAUCACCAUCCGCGACGAUGACCCACACCCCGAAGACUCGAACUCAGAAACGGUCCAGCUCAGAUCAACAGCCCUGAAACCGUUGAGGUGGGCACAAACCUUUCUGCAGGUCAAGGAGACGUCGAGCUCUUCUGCACGCGACUUUCUCGCUCGCGAACGCAACUUCUUCUCCUGGCUCCGCCUCUCCUGCUUGCUGGCAAUUCUAUCCGCCUCGUUGAUUCUGCAGCUGCAACUACCCGACACCGCUCGAUCGUACUCCACCCCGAGAAGGCGCCAAAACGAGCCGGUCGAUUGGGACCACCUCCCACUGUCCACCAAAGUCUUUGCGGGCAUCUUCUUCGCCCUGUCCAUCAUCUCCCUAGGCGCUGGAACCGUCGACUAUUUGAAUGCGGAGAGGGGAUUGGAGAAGGAACAGGUCGACUUUGAUGAGACCGAAGGCGUCUUUCUCAACGACGGACACACGAGUCGGAUCGUUCAUGCGGUGAUGCUCGUUGUUGGCACAGGCAUAGGCGCGAGCGCGCUCUGGUUGUUGGCAUACUGA